AUGUUAGACGAAGUAUGCUACAUUGGGGACUGCGCCAACGCUGACCUGUGUGUUCCAAUUCCUGUGUUAGAAGAUUCAAGACGAACGUCGCAAAUUGCGUUCAUCUCUAACCCUAGGAAAGCUUUAGAUAAUGACCUCAUUAAAGGUACACGCGUACGUAAAAACGCUGAGCCCGCGCUGUUUAACAGGAUUGAACAAUGUUUUGCUGCCCACGUUGUUCAUACUUGUCAACAAUAUUGAACAAUGUUGUUGAGCCUGAAUCGGGUGUAACGAUAUAUAUAUUGUUCAAUAUUGUUGACAACUGUGAACAAUGUAGACAGCAAAACAUUGUUCAAUCCUGUUUCAUCAACAUUGCAACAACCUGGUCGUUUUUAGCCGUGCACAUUAUAUUACGUCGUUAAUUUCACACUAUGCAUGGGGGCGAUUUAAAUCUGAAUUGUUAUGCAACUGAUCUUUUUUGAGUAAUUUUAAACAAACUUGAUCGGUUGUAUAUAAUAAUUACAUUUUCGGGCGCAGAGAAUUAGUUUUAUGUCCUAAUUUUUUUUCUGUAGUCUUUUUUUGUGUAAUUUAAUUUUUUUUCGUGUAAUCAUUUCUCUCUUCAGACUACAGUAUGAUUUACAUAUUGGUUGGUUCAUUUGCGAUGGUCAUCAGUGUAGCUGGAUUGAUGUGGUCUGUCUGUCUUUGCAUUACCAGGUGAGAAGCGGAGACAUUGCACGAGAGAAUUGCUGGACGUAUCAGUUCAUGACAUAUUAUGAAUUUGACGUAUCCGUUUGAUUUAUUUGUGUUCAGAAAACGUUUAAACAACAAAGACAAGGAUCGUCUGUCGAUGGUAGAUAAAGAUGGACAAUCGUUACAAGACAUGCAAAUGUAUUCGCCAAGUCAUUGGUCCAAAGAAAGCGGAUUACAUUCGCUUGGAG